GGAUAGGCUACAGAGGGUACUCGACACCCGGAGCUAAUAUCUAUCCUCAGAGGAUCACUUCUUCCAUGCUUCCCCUCUCUCUUCCUCUCUCCUUUUCUUCUCUCUAAGCUUUUUGCUCUCUCCAAUGGUGUCUACGAGCGCUUUAGUCGGCAACUUACUGAUACCCACGGACGGGAUUGCCUCCGCCUUCCCUUCCUCUCCCUUGUGUCAUAAACUUGAUGCAAAUGGUGUUCCAAUUUUAUCAUGGCCCAUUAGCAAACGAACACACACAUUGAAGUCUCUUCGUGUAUAUGGUUUAUUUGGAGGAAAGAAGGAGAAGAGUGAGAAUAGUGAUGAUCCUCCAUCAAAGCCGGGGAUGUUUGGAAACAUGCAAAAUCUGUAUGAGAAUAUUAGGAAGGCUCAGACGGUGGUCCAAGUUGAGGCUGUCCGUCUGCAAAAGGAGCUUGCAGCAGCAGAGUUUGAUGGUUACUGUGAAGGUGAGUUGAUCAAGGUAACACUUUCUGGAAACCAGCAACCUGUACGCACUGAAAUAACAGAGGCUGCGAUGGAGUUGGGGCCUGAAAAGCUCUCUUUGUUGGUAACCGAGGCAUACAAGGAUGCACACCAAAAAAGUGUCGAGGCCAUGAAAGAGAGAAUGAGCAAUCUCGCCCAAAGCUUAGGAAUGCCACCAGGCCUCAGCGAAGGGCCCAAAUGAUGAGAGGCAGUGUUAUUUCACCGAGACUUCUAAUGCUCAUCAAUUUUGCAUACUAGCUAAGAUUAAGGGGUCAGAUGAAUCAUGGCUACGCAUCUUCUAAUCUCACACAGCUUGAUUAGCUACAUAAAUACUUGUGCUCAUUGUCACGAUUGUUGUAUCAAAGAGAAUAACUCGCAGAGCCCUUUAUUUUUUUCAAUGAUUUAUCAUAAUUAGGUGGGUUUUUCUUGCAUAUAUCUUCCAAUAUUUGCCACUAUUGCAUAUAACUCCUUCCCUUGUGCCCAUUUGCAAAUUGAUCCCUAUAAAGUUAUACUUCAUAAUUGUCUGCAAUAUGUUGCCAGGCUAACUCAGCCUUUUUUUUUCCUUCAUAUUUGAUGACAAAAUUAUCCUGCGCCCCUAUGGAUGAUGCUGGAGGACUGAAGGCUAGGUUUGGACUAUACUGCAGGCAAUGAGAUGGUGCCUGGGCUAGUUGAGGAUGUGGAGCAUCGCGAAGUUGCCGUUGGGCAUGUGGCUGUAGACCAACAGUCGAAAAUGUGGCAGUGGGCAGGUGCAGCAACUCCUUGACACCAUGAGGUUCUGAUGCAUUGGCCUUUCCCAGUGACUUCGCCUCCUAGAAUGCCUCUUCCAUCAUGAUUGCCUCAUAGGUGGACGUUGUCCACAUUCUAACGAGACUCGUGGGAGAGAUUGUUUUGGCCGAGAUCGAGCUCCACGGUAUUGGAGAAAGUGAGGACACAUUCGUCGGAAUGGGGAAAGACAAUUCAUUGGAGCUGAGCUGGAGGAUGGAGACAUUGGAGCAGCUAGCGAGCUGCGUCAAGAUUUCACUAUAGAUGUGAUUGCCGAGGGAGAGGACUUGAAGGGAUCAAAUGUAGCCGUAGGUCGAGGGGGUCAUGCUAGAGGAGCUGGCAGUCUGGUUCAGAUGCCGCAAGCUCGAAAGGCUGCCGGAACCCUAAGGGACUCAGUUGAAGUUCUUAGUGAUAAAGAUCACCUGAAGGUCUGGCAGCCAGAAGAUCGCUAGAAGGUUCUUCUACCUGCUGAGAUCCAAUGCCUUCAAGUUCGAGAAUGCUGCUGGAGGGUCUGUUCUUGCUCAAAUUUGGACUCUAAAGCCCCACAAGAUUCUUGAUGCUGGAUAGAAUCUCAAUAGAGAUUCUAUUCUUGGUGGGGUUUGAGAAGCUCAUAUUGCUCCUUCGGCAUGUUGCCGGGAGAGGUUCGUGCCAAGGUGUUAUGGGGUGAGUGUUUUUUUUUUUUGGGUGUAUGCGAGUGGUCGCACCACUUUAGUGUGAGUACAAUUCAAAAAGUCGGAAAAUAAAACACCCUGCGUGGUCCGUGGGCAGAUCUUGUCCUUGCA